AUGUCUUUCGUGUGCUGUCUCACACUGGCCAGCAUCGGAACAUAUUUAUUUUCUAGCAGCAUUGAACAUAUGAAACAUGGAUUAGAUUCACUCCCAAGUCAAUUAGACAAGUCGUCGUCAGAUAUCAGUACGUUUGUUGAAGAAUUCGGUGAAAAUCUCCGCUGCAAUUUCUACCAAGGCGAGAAAGCACUGGUGUUGAAUUUGAACAGCUUUACUGUUAACAUAUCGGCCGUGCUCAGCAAUAUAAAGGAGAGAAUUAAUCCAGAGGGAAUUGCUAAGGUACUGGAUUUGGAGGUAGUACAGCAGCUCAAACUAUGGUGA